AUUAUAUAGCAACACCUACACCACCCAAUCUAAGAUUUUCAGACAAUAUCAGUUUCUAUACGGCUGCACAAAAUGCUUUUUCGUUCUGUUCCUCGCACCAAAAAUCCCAUCUGAUUUUCGCUGAUGUUAAACUCAUUUUCUCUAGCUCAGAUCCCUUUGUAGAUAUCUCCUUGUUACGUUUGUUGUUCAAUUUUUUUGCUCGUCAUCCUUCGCUGUUGUAUUUUUAUUUUUAUUUUUCACCUUUAAAAUAAUAUAUUUCUUAGAUUUUUUUAAGCAAAGCGCGCGCGCUAUAUAUCUCAAUUUACAAGCCGUGAGUUUAUUGGAAAUUGUCACCGUUUCAUCAGAUGGGUCCCAAGCUGUGAAAUUUCUUGACUAGGGUUUGUCUUUACAUGAAGUGAGCUCGCCUAGGGUUUUCGACGAAGCUGUAGCACAUAUAUAGUAAUGGAGAAGGAAGAUAACUACUCGGCAGCCCUGCCUGCCACUUUUAGCGGGGUAGAUUAUUCUUUAGAGCAUCAGCAGCAGGAGCAGCAGCAUCUCAUGAGGCCACCAACUGGUGAAACUUCAAGUAAUAAUCCUCAGCAGCAGCAAAUAACAACUGGGUUUUGCAGUUCAAGUUCACUCGAUAGGUUGAGCUUCGCAGACGUGAUGCAAUUCGCAGAUUUUGGCCCCAAAUUAGCAUUGAACCAAACCAAGGUCUCUGAGGAAGACACUGGGAUCGAUCCGGUCUACUUUCUUAAGUUCCCGGUUCUGAAUGAUAAGUUGGAGGAUGAACCUCUGGUGGUUCCUCAAUCCCUUGUUGAAGAAAAUGAAAACCGGCUUAAGGGAGUAAGCAUAGAGAGCGAAACAAGAGCUGCAGAAGGAGACGGAGGAGGAGAGGAUGCCGAAGAAAAUACUACCCCGGUGCAGCUCCAUUUUCUCGGCGAAAGUCUUCAAAAGAGCCCCACAACAGAGGUAAAGAACAAGAGGAAAAGGCCCAGAACCAUCAAGACUAGUGAGGAAGUUGAGAGUCAGCGCAUGACUCACAUCGCAGUCGAAAGAAAUCGAAGGAAGCAAAUGAACGAGCAUCUUCGAGUCUUGAGGUCUCUCAUGCCGGGCUCAUAUGUACAAAGGGGAGAUCAAGCCUCCAUUAUUGGCGGAGCAAUAGAGUUUGUGAGAGAAUUGGAGCAACUUCUCCAAUGCUUGGAAUCACAGAAGCGGCGAAGACUCUUGGGGGAAGCUCAGCGACAGAUAGGGGAUUCGUCUCUUGCAGUUCAAAGCCCUCAGCCACCAUUCUUUCCUCCUCUACCGCUUCCUAACGAUCAAAUGAAACUUGUCAACUACGAAACCGGGCUUUGUGAGGAGACGGCAGAGAGCAAAUCGUGCUUGGCUGACGUCGAAGUAAAGCUCUUAGGGUUUGAUGCCACGAUCAAGAUCCUGUCCAGGAGGAGGCCCGGACAGCUUAUAAAGACUAUAGCUGCCUUGGAAGAUUUGCAGCUCAAUAUUCUUCACACCAAUAUCACUACCAUUGAGCAAACCGUACUCUAUUCUUUCAAUGUCAAGGUUGCUGGAGAAUCAAGGUUCACCGCAGAAGAUAUAGCUAGCUCGGUUCAGCAGAUAUUCAGUUUUAUACAUGCAAGCAGCAACAUAUGAUGGAUGUUAUGUAGUUUGAAAAAAGAAAAGCUUUAAUUUCAAAUUGCUUCGGCAGAUAUCCCCACUUGGAUUUUCUGGCACCUUUUUCCUUUUGGUUAAUUUCCUUUGCAAAAGAACGAACACUUGUUAUUCUGGAUUGCUGAAGUUUCAUUAAUAUGAACCCAUGUGCGUCUCUC